GUGUUGUGGAGCUGAUGCAUGCAAUAUUGCGAAAGCCUCACAUCCACAACUACAAUCAAUUAAUCCGAGCAGCAGUCACUGUUGCUGUCGCAAUUUGCGUUGGAAAUCUGCCUGUCUCUUUCUAGACUGACUUCAAAUCACACUCGUUUGAAUCCGAACCCUACCUUUUCCUGGUGUUAGUGGGACAAGUGAACUAUUUCAGAGGCGAAUUCGGGACUGGCGAACAUGUACUGUAUUCUUCCUGACUUUGUACAAAGAACAACAGCCGACCUGGAGAAAGCGGCGAGAUUGAAAUGCCGUCACCAUUUGUCUGUCGUUUCACAGAACAGCAGCAGUCAGGCUUGGAAGUAACCUUUGAGGCAGCUCGGCUUUUUCUGCCAACAUGAAGGGAAUUGAAGACCGAGAUUCCAAGAGGAAACCAUUUAGGACUUUUGGAGCCUUCGUAUUGGGAAAGUAAUGAGACGGGAGUGUUUGGGGGACAUUGGGACUCGAAUUGAAGGCAUUAAGAAAAUGGGAAUUUAGAGCCAGAAAAUGCUGGAAACACUCAGUGUGUCAGGCAGCAUCAACAGACAGAGGAGCAGAGUAAACCUUUCAGCUCAAUAGCCUCUGAUCCGAACUGGGAUAUUGGAACAAACUUUCAAAUCAUUUCGAGAGAUUGAUGACCCGGAGAACUUGGUAAAGUUUGAUUCCCGUUCAGAGAGAAGAUGGUGCAGAAAUAUCAAUCUCCAGUGCGGGUCUACAAGUAUACAUUUGAGAUGGUGAUGGCGGCUUAUGAGAAGAGAUUCCCAACGUGUCCAUUGAUCCCAGUUUUCCUGGGUAGUGAGAAACUCAGUGAGUACAAGAGUGAAGAUGAAUCACUGCACAUUGUGGAGAGAAGCUGCAAGCUGAAUGUAGAUGCACCAAGGCUACUGAAGAAGAUUGCAGGAGUGGAAUAUGUUUCCUUCAUACAGAAGAACACAGUGAACUGGAAGGAGCGCACACUACUGAUCGAGGCUCACAAUGAGACAUUUUCUAACAGGGUCAUCGUCAAUGAGGUCUGCAGUUACAGAGUUCAUCCUGACAAUGAGGAAUGGACUUGUUUUGAGCAGUCUGCAUCGCUGGACAUCAGAUCUUUCUUUGGGUUUGAAAGCACAGUGGAAAAGAUUGCAAUGAGACAGUACACCUCCAACAUCAAAAGGGGUAAAGAAGUUAUUGAACACUACCUGAAUGAACUGACUGCACAGGGUGUCAAACACAUUCCCCGCUGGACUCCUCGUGUGACUGUCGCCACAACAGAAACAAUGCCAGAGAACAGCCGACCAGCAAUGGCACCAUUGCCGGAUCUCAGGGUAGAGUCAUCGGAGCUCCUGGCACAUUGCAGUACCAAAGAACCAUUGACUAGCCUGUGUGGGCAGGAGACAUUGCCCGUAACACCAGAUGCCGACAAGCUCGAUGCUGAUUACAUUGAACGCUACCUGGGGCAACUGACCCCCAUGCAAGAGAGCUGCCUGAUCCAGCUUCGACAGUGGCUCCAAGAAACACACAAAGGCAAGUCUGAGGCAGGUGAAUGGAAGCCAGAAAAGAUUCCCAAAGAUGAACAUAUUUUGCGUUUCCUGCGGGCUCGGGAUUUCAAUAUUGAAAAGGCACGAGAGAUCUUGUGUCAAUCACUUACCUGGCGCAAACAAUACCAGGUGGAUUACAUUCUCCAGGUGUGGAGACCACCACAAGUACUGGUUGACUAUUAUACAGGAGGCUGGCAUUAUCAUGACAGAGAUGGCCGGCCAUUGUAUAUCCUGCGGCUGGGACAGAUGGACACAAAGGGGCUGCUGAAAGCCGUGGGGGAGGAGGCCAUUCUACGACAUGUUCUAUCAAUUAAUGAAGAUGGGCAGAAGAGGUGUGAAGAGAAUACCAAAGUCUUUGGUCGCCCAAUCACAUCGUGGACCUGCCUGGUUGACCUGGAAGGACUGAACAUGAGGCACCUGUGGCGGCCGGGAGUGAAAGCAUUGCUGAGGAUCAUUGAGGUGGUGGAAGCAAACUACCCGGAGACACUAGGCCGGCUGCUGAUUCUCCGAGCACCUCGGGUCUUUCCUGUCCUCUGGACACUGGUCAAUCCAUUCAUCAAUGAAAACACACGUCAGAAAUUCCUCAUCUACAGUGGCAACAACUAUCAGGGUACAGGAGGGCUUAUCGAUUACAUCGACAAAGAAAUUGUUCCUGACUUCCUGGGUGGAGACUGCCUGUGUAAUAUCCCAGAAGGAGGAAUGGUUCCCAAGUCUUUGUACCAAACAGAGGAAAUGUUAGAAAAUGCAGAUCAAAUCAAACUCUGGACUGAAACUAUUUAUCAGUCAGCCACUGUUGUCAAAGGAGGCCCACAUGAGAAGUUGAUUGAAAUACUUGAGGCCUCAUCUGUCAUCACCUGGGACUUUGACAUUCUCAAGGGUGAUGUGGUUUUUAACAUCUUUCAUUCCAAGCGGGCACCUCAAAUCAGUCGCAAGGAUUCAGCAAGCCCACUGGUUCCCCUCCCCAUUGGGAAUAAUGUGCAACUAAUAGAGAAGAACUGGGUUCUGGGUGUGGACUAUAGCCCGGUGGAAACACCACUCAUCUGCCGAGAAGGAGAGAGUGUUCAGGGUUCCCACGUGACACGCUGGCCCGGAUUCUACAUCUUGCAGUGGAAGAUGCACAGCCCCUGGUCGGGCUCCUCAAACCUCCCUCGUGUGGAUGAUGUAUUGGCCUCUUUACAAGUCUCCUCUCACAAAUGCAAAAUCAUGUUUUACACUGAGGUGCUGGCAUCAGAAGAUUUCAGGGGAUCCAUGACUAGCCUGGAGUCCUGUCACAGUGGAUUCUCGCAGCUCAGUGCUGGCACCACCACCUCCAGCCAGUCUCAGAGCAGCUCACAUAUUUCCAGAUAGGAAGUUCUUGGUCUGCAAUGAUUUGUCAAAAAUCACCGAACCAGAAAACUUCAGCUGCCUCAGGACCAAGUGCAAUGAUCGCUGGUCACAUAAUCUUGGGUGCUGGUUACCCCAGGGUAUCACUCAUCUCACUUUAGUGCAAUAUUAGCACUGAGGACAAUGCAACAUUUCAAAGUUCAAUGUGCAGAGAAGACAUGUUUCACUAGUUUGGUCUCCUUAGGCUGUGUAUUGAAUGCAUAGCUUUGAACAUUGUCUUCCAGAUAGAAGGGACAAUAGGGAAAGGUGCCUUUAUGCUUUGUCUUCCUUGGCCUUUUUUGUCUGAGUCCAAUUUAGCUCCUUGAGCAAAACCACAAAAUAUCUAAUCAUACCCUUUAAUUUUGUAUGUUGUCCAAAACAGAAGCUAUUUACAUUCACUCCUGCAGGUUGGGAAUCACAAUGUACUUGAUUGUCUACAUCAACACUGAGCAAUCAUUCCUAUCCUAAUUAUAGGUGGCUCAGUGGUUAGCACUGCUGCCUCAUGGGACCUGAGUUCGAUUAUAGCCUCAGGUGACUGUCUGUGUG